AUGACCGAUCAAUUGAUCCUCCCUUCCACACCCGCAGCCGGCGUACGCGUCCUCGCGUUAAACAGACCCUCCAAACGAAACGCCCUCUCGCAAGACCUGAUAGCCGUAUUCCUGGAACAUCUGCGCUCAGCAGCGAACGACGAUGGCGUGCGAGUCAUUGUCAUCACUGGCAGCACGACUUUCUUUUGCGCCGGAGCUGAUAUCGGGGAGAUCUCACGGCUCGAUGCGGAAGAGGCGCGGAAGUGCCGCUAUCUCUCGGACCUUUGUUCGGGGAUGCAAGCCGUGCGCAAGCCUUUGAUAGCGGCUGUUGAGGGAAUGGCGCUCGGUGGGGGUUUUGAACUUGCACUCAUGUGUGACCUGAUUUUUGCAGCGCACAACAGUCGCUUUGGUCUUCCUGAGGUGACGAUUGGUGUCAUUCCCGGCGCCGGCGGUACACAGCGGCUGACCAACGCCGUGGGAAAGUUCAAGGCUAUGCAGAUGAUUCUCCUCGGCCGUCCCAUGCCCGCGGAAGAGGCCCGGUCCAUGGGUUUAGUUACUGAUCUUUACGAGAGCGGCACCGUGUUGGAACACGUGGUACGAGACACGGCAUCGACGCUUGCGGCGUCGAGUCCUAUGGCGUUGGGCUUGGCUAAGGAAGCCAUUUGUAGAUCGGAUGGUUUGGGUGCUGAUCAUGAGUUUGAACGAGGUUUGUAUUAUUUUGCUUUUGGGACCAAGGAUAAGGAAGAGGGUGUCAAGGCGUUUUUGGAGAAGAGAAAGCCUGACUGGGGGACACAGUAA